AUGGUACAGCGAGUCCUGGACAUAUUCAUGGACGACCGACGAGUGACACAGCGACAGAUAGCCAACUUAGUCGACAUCUCUCAGGAGCGAGUGCAUUUCAUUCUGACAGAUAUUCUAGGAAUGCACAAGGUUUCUGCUCGAUGGGUCCCCAAACUGUUGACAGCUGAUCAGAAACCUCAAAGAGAGAAUCUCUCAAGGGAGAACCUCAAGCUUUUUGAAGGUGAUCCAGAUAACUUUCUCAAACGGUUUGUUACAAUGGACGAAACAUGGGUCCACCACUUUGAACUUGAAUCAAAACAACAGUCUAAACAGUGGAAACAUGUCACAUCUCCUACUCCAAAGAAAGCAAAGUCUGUGCCUUCAGCUGGGAAAGUCAUGGCAUCCGUGUUUUGGGAUUCUGAAGGUGUGAUCAUGGUGGACUGGCUUCCUAAAGGCUGUACUGUUACAGGGGCUUACUAUGUGGAACUUCUGAGACAGUUAAGAGAGAAAAUCAAAGUUACGCGACGUGGAAAGUUGACGAAAGGUGGGCUUUAUCAUCACGACAAUGCUCCAGCACACACGUCACUGAUAGCAAUGGCCAAAAUCCAUGAGUGUGGCUUUGAACUUCUCCAACAUCCACCUUAUUCACCUGAUUUGGCUCCGUCGGACUAUCAUCUGUUCCCCCAGUUGAAAAGGCAUUUAGCUGGGACUCAUUUCCAGUCAGAUGAUGACGUCAUUACAGCGGUCAACAACUUUUUGAGUGACCAAGAAGUUGACUUGUACAAAAGUGGCAUAAUGGCAUUGCAACAUUGCUGGCAGAAGUGUGUUGACCUUAAAGGGGACUAUGUCGAAAAAUAA